AGAUGGCGGCUCAGCAGAUAAGGAGGACGAUAAACGAUCUUUCUUGGAUAAUGGCCAUGGAUGAUGAAGAUGACUCAGAUGUGGAAAUCUUGCUACUAGAUGCGUUAGAUAGGGAGCCUAGGCCUUUUCAAAGCUCCUUWAGGAUCGACUUGGAAGCUCUGAAUGACAAGGAAUGCAUUGACCUGUUUAGAUUCAAUAAAAACGAUCUAAGGCUUCUCCAUGAGCUAUUACAAAUUCCAGAGGUGUAUAAAUGUCCAAAUGGUACCGUGGCCCGUGGUAUGGAGUCCCUUCUUCUCAUUCUCAGAAGGCUCUCUUACCCAAAUCGUCUAUCAGAUUUAUGCCCACUCUUUGGGCGACCUGAACCUGAGUUAAGCAUGAUCCUACAUGAGGUUUUAGAUGACUUGUAUGACCGGUUUGGUCAUCUCCUUGAAAUUCUGGAUAUGAAUUGGAUAGAUGGACAAACCUUUGCUGAUGCCAUUCAUGCUGCUGGGGCAUCUCUUGAUAAAUGUUGGGGCUAG